AUGAACGACCUCCUCUCUGUGCUCGAAAACAUGGCUGGAAAUGUUUCAGUGGAUGACUACGAGAAUAUCUCAAUGGAGGACAGUACUCGGUGGCAGCUGCUCUUUGACCUUACUGAAUCCGUUGCCAUCGAUCAAAUUAAAACAUAUCGACUUGAUUCCAACAGACAAAGAAUUUCAGACGAGCUGUGGACGUCGAUCAAAGACGAUAGGAAGUGGACAGGCUUCGAUAAAGAGGCCUGCGAGUUCUACCUCCAAGUGCAGCAAAAGAAGGAAAUAUCAACCCGACGGAACGACACAGAGACCCUAGGGAAUUUCAUCUUCAAAUUGGAGGGCCCCUUGGACACGCCAAUCAAGCUACAAGAAGCAUGCGAACUCCUCGAAGUGCCAAAGGUGAUGAACGCCAGCACAGACGAUGGCGAACCGGCGACGUUUUGCGAGAUCGAUGGAGAGACCACGACAAGAAUCCGAAAAUGGGUUUCUCAAAGCCACCCAGAGUUUUCUCCGACGAUUGUCCGUUUAUCCAUGGCCCCCAAAGAGCUCAGUCACUGCAGAAUUGCGCCUACUCUAUCGAUUGAGUCUACAUUACCUCAGCAUUUCCUCAACGAAGGUCAAAUCCCCUUGCCUCUCCAAGACCAAUACCCAGUGUGGUACUUCUUCUACGGCACAUUGGAGGAUCCGGAAGUCCUGGUCAAGCACCUUGUCCCCGACACACAGCCGGUGCUCAUCUCGGCUCGAAUCCAAGGUGGGCGACUACGGACUUGGGGAGGCCGGUAUAAAGCAUUGGUGGACGCGCCGAAUUCGACAGCUGAAGUCUCAGGCAGUGCUUUCCUGGUUCAAAGUGCUGAGCAAGAAAAUUCCUUGCGGUUCUACGAAACAGACAAGUAUGAGGUUGUGAGAUGCACCAUCCUUCUCGCUGGUGAAGCCCAACCGGGGCUUACCUUUCGGUGGAAUGGUAAACCGACGGAACUCGACAGUGAAUGA